GGUGUCCUUCCCCUAGCCACGGGUACCAGAUAUUUAAAGGUGCUGGAAGCUUGCCUUUCGCCAUUGUCACUCAGCCACAUCGUAUUACCAGGGUCACCAAACGUGGAGGUGUGACAUAUGACUUGCUGGCAGAGCCUUUUUGAGACGGUAGGCGUUUCUCAGCACUUACGAGAGCUACCUAGUGGCAACAGUAGCUCUCACCGGGACCUUUUACCAGCCUUUGACCCUUUGACUAUACUGUCCUUUAAAUGUGCUUUAUUGUCACUACAGGUGCCGGUGGUGAUAGUUAUUCAAUGGGGCUUGACAACCAAAUGCCUGUUGGAAAGAUUGGAGCUAAGAAACAGAGACGACUUGAAAUGAAAGAGGAAAAGAAACUUCUAAGAGAGCAAAUGGAGGCUGAAAGAGAAGACCGAAAGCAACGUGAAGCCUUAAGAGAAGAGGAAAGAAAGAGGCUUGAAGAGAGAAGGCGGAUAGAGCAAGAAAAACUGGAAGAGCAAGAACGCAAAAGGAAGGAAGAGCAAGAGCGAAAGGAACAUGAGGAAUAUCUUUUGUUAAAAGAACAAUUUACAGUGGAAGAAGAAGGUGUUGGUGAGACUGCCGAGGAAUCUGAGGCUCUUCUUGAGGAGUUUGUUAACUAUAUAAAGGACACCAAAGUUGUGUUGCUGGAGGAGCUGGCUUGUCAGUUUGGUCUGCGUACACAAGAUGCCAUUGAUAGACUUCAGUCUUUACAGGACAUGGAAAGGAUAACAGGUGUAACAGAUGACCGUGGAAAGUUUAUUUACAUCUCUCCUGAAGAACUGCAAGCUGUCGCCAAGUUUAUUAAACAACGUGGACGAGUUACAAUCAGCGAACUUGCCGAGAGCAGUAACACACUUAUUAAUCUGCAGACAGAUAAGUCCCAUACAGAAUCUUCACCAACUGCACAAGUGUCUGCGUAAGGUUAUUGAGAUGUUAUGGCAAACAAUGGCAGACUGAAAUAAGUCAGAAGUAUUUAUUUAAAAAAACCUGGUAUCAAGACUGGCUCCAACAGAUGCAAACAAGGCGCUUCCAAACCUUCACUUUAGCUCUCUUUUGUCUAGUAUAAAUUAUCAGUCAUUAGUUUUCAUCAUCAAACAGCAAAUCCAAAUUUUUUAAUUUACUUGCCUUCCACUUUUGUCUAAACUGCUGGGCAAAACCAGUGUGCUAAAAUUGAAUUGAUAUUUUUGAAAUGUCAAGUAAACUUGAGAGGCAGAUUCCAUUGUUUUCCAGUUACCAGAAUUAAACAUGGGUUGUUGACCAAGCUUGUUUGGUCAAGAUGGCACUAGAUAUUAGCCAAGUUCCUUUUUUAGCAUGUUUAUGAACACUGCUGUCGUGCAGGAUACAGCUGGCAAGAUAGCUCCAUCUUGCUCGUUCAGUUAACAAACCCAGCAUAGGCGUUUAUUCAUCUUGCCUACUCUCUGAGCUACCCAGUAUAAUUACAGAAAUUGUAAAUGGUGGUAAGGAGCAGUUUUAAAAUGAUUGGCAGACAAAUGUAUGAUAGAAUAGCAUCAAAGCGGACAUUAUGUUACAUUAUUUCAGGUGUAUAUGGCUUGUAUUGUAGCUGAUAUAAUGCGCACUCUGAUUGGCCAAUUGUAGGGCAUUAUUCUCCCACAAUGCCCACGGGCCGAUUAUGGGCCUGCAAAAC